CUCUCUUGCCCUUUAGUCCCGGGCAAGGUGUUGCGGCCGGCGCCAUUUUCUCGAGCCGCCUGUUUCGGGUGCCGCCAUGUUGGUGAGGAGAAAUCACCGUUACGGCCACUGUCCAAAUCCCCGCGUCGCUGCACGCCGCCCGCCCGCUCCCACGCCACAGCCACCGGCGGCGAAUAGAGACUAGAGCGGCAGCGCCGGCAGCGCGGGGCCGUUGCCCAGUGUUUGCAGUUAGAGCCCCACCUCUCUGGCGUGGUUGUUAAUAGACUGGAAAGUCUGUGUCUGUGUCGCUCACUAGUAACCGUGAGUUUUUACCACUUCGUCACCUGUCGGCGGCGGCCGGGAGCAGGUUCCCGCAGGCGGCGCAGGGGUCUUCCCCGCGCCCCGCCGCCGCCGGCCUCGCAGACCUGCCCUCCAGCCCCGCCCCGUUCUUGACCAAAUAUGACAGACUCUGAACAUGCAGGGCACGACAGAGAAGAUGGCGAAUUAGAAGAUGGUGAAAUAGAUGAUGCAGGAUUUGAAGAAAUACAAGAAAAAGAAGCAAAAGAGAAUGAAAAGCAGAAAAGUGAGAAAGCCUACAGAAAAUCAAGAAAAAAGCACAAGAAGGAAAGGGAAAAGAAAAAAUCCAAAAGGAGAAAACGUGAGAAACAUAAGCAUAAUUCCCCAUCUAGUGAUGAUAGUUCGGACUACAGCCUUGAUUCAGAUGUUGAACAUGCAGAAAGUUUCCAUAAAAAAAGAACUGGUUUCUACAGGGAUUAUGACAUUCCAUUUACUCAGCGUGGACAUAUAUCAGGAAGCUACAUGACAUCAAAGAAGGGUCAACAUAACAAAAAAUUUAAAAGUAAAGAAUAUGAUGAGUACAGUACUACCUACAGCGAUGACAACUUCGGUAACUACAGUGAUGACAACUUUGGUAACUACUGUCAGGAAACAGAGGAAGAUUUUGCCAAUCAGCUGAAACAAUACAGACAAGCUAAAGAAGCCUCAAAUACUGCUUUAGGGUCAUCAUUUUCUAAAGAAUCAGGGAAAAAACAGAGAAUGAAAGGAGUUCAGCAAGGUAUUGAACAGCGGGCUAAAAGUUUUAAUGUUGGUCGUGGACGUGGCUUGCCGAAGAAAAUCAAACGAAAAGACCGUGGGGGAAGAACCAAUAAAGGGCCUAAUGUUUAUUCAGUAUCGGAUGACUUUCAAGAGUAUAGUAAACCAGGGAAAAAAUGGAAGGUUAUGACUCAGGAAUUUAUUAAUCAGCACACAGUGGAACACAAAGGAAAACAAAUCUGUAAAUACUUCCUGGAAGGGAGAUGUAUUAAGGGAGAUCAGUGUAAAUUUGAUCAUGAUGCAGAGUUGGAGAAAAGAAAAGAGAUCUGCAAAUUUUAUUUACAAGGAUAUUGUACCAAAGGAGAGAACUGCAUUUAUAUGCAUAAUGAAUUUCCAUGCAAGUUCUAUCAUAGUGGAGCAAAAUGUUACCAGGGAGACAACUGUAAAUUUUCCCAUGAUGAUCUGACUAAAGAAACAAAGAAACUUUUGGACAAAGUGUUGAAUACUGAUGAAGAACUCAUAAAUGAAGAUGAAAGAGAAUUAGAGGAACUUAGAAAGCGUGGCAUAACUCCUCUUCCCAAACCACCUCCAGGGGUUGGGCUUCUGCCAACCCCUCCAGAGCAUUUUCCCUUUUCUGAUCCUGAAGACGAUUUUCAGACAGAUUUCUCUGAUGAUUUUAGGAAAAUUCCAUCUCUUUUUGAAAUAGUUGUAAAACCUACUGUGGAUUUAGCACAUAAAAUUGGGAGGAAGCCACCAGCGUUUUAUAACAGUGCCUCACCACCAGGACCACAAUUUCAGGGAAGCAGCCCACACCCUCAACAUAUCUAUAGUUCUGGGUCAAGUCCAGGUCCUGGACCUAACAUGUCUCAGGGACACAGUAGUCCUGUGAUGCACCCAGGCUCCCCUGGACAUCACCCAUGUGCAGGACCUCCUGGUCUGCCAGUGCCACAGAGCCCACCUUUACCACCUGGUCCACCUGAAAUUGUAGGUCCUCAAAAUCAAGCUGGAGUACUUGUUCAACCAGACACAACUUUGACACCACCAAGCAUGGGUGGGGCUUACCACUCGCCAGGCUUUCCAGGACAUGUGAUGAAAGUACCCAGAGAGAAUCACUGUUCUCCAGGUUCAUCAUACCAGCAAAGUCCUGGUGAGAUGCAGCUCAACACCAAUUAUGAAUCCCUGCAAAACCCAGCUGAGUUUUAUGAUAAUUACUAUGCACAGCAUUCUGUACAUAAUUUUCAGCCACCCAAUAACUCCGGUGAUGGGAUAUGGCAUGGUGAAUUUGCCCAGCAGCAGCCUCCUGUUGUUCAAGACUCACCUAAUCAUGGAAGUGGGUCUGAUGGCAGCAGCACCAGGACAGGCCAUGGCCCUCUGCCUGUACCAGGCCUCCUCCCUGCAGUACAAAGAGCUCUUUUUGUCAGACUUACUCAGAGAUACCAAGAAGAUGAAGAACAAUCCAGCACCCAACAUCAUAGGGCACCAAGCAAGGAAGAAGAUGAUACAGUUAACUGGUAUUCCAGUAGUGAAGAGGAAGAAGGAAGCAGUGUCAAGUCAAUACUGAAAACAUUACAGAAACAAACAGAAACUUUAAGGAAUCAGCAACAACCUUCCACAGAACUCAGUCCUCCUACUGAUCCAAGACUUGCUAAAGAGAAAAGUAAAGGAAACCAAGUGGUUGACCCUAGACUUAGGACUAUCCCAAGGCAAGACAUCAGAAAGCCUUCUGAGUCUGCCCCACUGGAUCUUAGACUUGCGUGGGAUCCCAGGAAAUUAAGAGGGAAUGGAAGUGGUCACGUAGGCUCUUCUGUUGGUGGAGCAAAGUUUGAUGUGCAUCAUGCAAAUGCUGGCACUAAUGUCAAACACAAAAAAGGUGAUGAUGAUGAUGAAGACACAGAGAGAGAACUGAGAGAAAAAGCUUUCUUGAUACCUUUGGAUGCCUUACCUGGCAUAAUGCUCCAGGAUCCAAGGUCACAAUUGAGACAGUUCAGUCACAUUAAGAUGGACAUUAUUCUAACCAAACCCAACUUUGCAAAACACAUUGUGUGGGCUCCGGAAGACUUACUUCCAGUACCUUUACCUAAACCUGAUCCAGUGUCUUCAAUCAAUUUACCUCUGCCCCCACUUAUAGCUGACCAGAGGCUAAAUAGGUUAUGGAAUACAAAAAGUGAUCUUCAUCAAAAUACAGUGUCCAUUGAUCCAAAAUUAGCAGCCAAAGCCAAAAUUAAUACAACAAACAGAGAAGGCUACCUAGAACAAUUUGGAGACUCACACAGUUCAGGAAGUAAAUUAGGAGAUCCUAGACUACAAAAAAAUUUUGAUCCUAGGCUUCACAGACUGCCCAAUACAGAGUCUCAUCAAGUAGUUACGAAGGAUUCACAUACAUCAAAGGGUACCCCUCACUUAGCCAGGUCAAACCCUGGUUCAUCACAGCCCUCUGGGGCAGGAACUAGCAAUUCUGGUUCCGGGACUCUGCCUCCAUAUGCCCCUAAACUCUCUUCCUCAGCUGGCCUUCCACUGGGAACUCCAACUUCAGUUCUUAGUGGUAUUAGUUUGUAUGACCCUAGGGAUCAUGGUUCAUCGUCCACAGCAGAGCUUGCAACAGUUUCUUUAGGAGAAAACUCAAAGAACCAGAAAAAAAGUGGUGGCUUAAAAAGUAGUGACAAAAAUGAGCCUUCUCCUGGAGAAGCUAUCCUGCCACAGAAAACAGCUCCAAAUGUGGAAGUCCCUCUUGCCGGGCCAGCUGACCCACAGGCAGAUAUUCCCAGGAGUUCUGGUAAGGUUCAGGUCCCGGCAGUACACAGCCUUCCUAUUCAGGCAUUAACAGGCUUAAUUAGGCCCCAGUACAGUGAUCCAAGGCAGGCAAGGCAGCCAGGACAGGGGAGCCCAACCCCAGAUAGUGAUUCCGGUAGAGAAACAGAUGACAAAUCUCUGAAAGAGGUUUUUAAAACUUUUGAUCCAACCGCUUCACCAUUUUGUUAGCUAUUGUGUAAUUAAGCAGUUCUUUUCACUCUUGUGACUAUCUCAGUCCUCUGCUGUUUUGUAACUGGUUUACCUCUAUAGUUUAUUUAUUUUUAAAUUAUAAACACUUUUCAGCUGCUAGUAUCAGAACCACAUGAAGUUAUAGCCUCUAAAGCCUCUGGUAUUUUAUAUAAUAUUUUUAUAACUUUAAGAGACUGUAGUAAUUGACCUAAAAACUUAUGUUAGCUUCAGUAAAAGUACUUUUAUUGUAAAUAAACCAUCAUGAACUCAACACUCUGCUUGAAUAUACGCCAGUUGUCUUUCAUAAUCAAUGUUUAGAUAAAUGAUUGCCACUUUUUAUAUGGUUAUUUAGUUUCAAGCAAUAUGAUGUACAUUACUUUUGAGAAACAGUAUUUUGACUAGGACCUCUCUAUUUGUCAGCACAGAACUGAUUAAUAUGUACUGCUAACUGCUAAUUUAAAUGUAAAAUCCAGUAAAGAAAACAUUUUAAAAUCACAAUUAGCAGAGCAGUUCGUGUUUAAGGGUAUCACUUUUAUUAGUAUUGGCAAUAUUAUUUGUGUAAAUGAAGCAUUUGAAUGUCAUAUCUUUUUAAAGUAUUUUAUUGUAUACUGUAUCAUAGAAGUCGGAGGUAUAUAAAUAGAACAUUUUGCUAAAGUGAGAAAUUUCCAAGUUCUCUAGCAUAACUUUUUAAAUUUAAUUUUUCAUAUGAAAUAGCAAUUAGUUACUGCUGUUACAUUGUGAUAUUUAUGUAUGUCAAUGUUUUUGUCUUUAGCAGCAUAGUUUAUAUUGCUUUUUCAAAUGACGUAGCUGCAAUAAUUGUGUUCAUCAUGACUUUGGCAGUUUUUAACAAAAUUUUUAAAGAUCCAGUGAGAGUCUGUAGUGAUUAUUACAUGGAUAAUGUUUUAAAUGUCUAGGUUCUGUAUUUUUUCUUAAAUAGAAAGAAAGAAAACAGAGAUUGCAAGUACAGUCAACAGCAUUUGGCUAUCAAUAAAGAAUCUCUUUCAGAUCUCACUUGACUGGCAUUCUGUAACAGAGGGGAUUACCUGGUGUUUUAAGUAUUUAAUGUCUUCAUAGUGUGGAAAUCUCCUGAACUGAUUAGAAACUGCAUUUUAUGAAAAAUAACUCGUAUUCAUUCUUGCGUAUUUAUUGCAAUGUAUAAAUAAUAGGAACUCUUUGUUUUUUACAUACAUAAUUUAUCACUGAAACUAAGUAUUACACUGCUACUGAUAUUCUGAACUGGAGGUGUACAACAGUGCUGGUAACAAUUCCAAUACAUAUUAAUAACUUGAAAAGGACCAUUUCACUAUAAAAAACAGUGAAAGUAAGUAAUGAAAUCAGUCCUUGAAUGAAAACAGCUGCCCUUAAGAAGUGAUUUUUUUUUUUUAAUUACAGUAAAAUAUUUCAUGAGAACCUAACACUCAGAUAGCAUAUGGUUUAUUGAUAAUGCAUAUUCUUUCUAAUCACUUCUUCAAUUCUUUCUGCUUCAGUUCUGUGCUAGAAUGGGGUUGUGGUGAAGUGAACAAGAACUCUGCCUACUUAAGAAGUUCAUUGUGUUCUAAGUGGAAGGAAAGUUACUGAAGGGAAUGUGAAUUUUUACUGUUUGUACGAUACAUUUGUUGUCUGAAAUGACUCUGGAUAACAUUUUUGGUUUAACAAUGUAAUUUAAAGCCACCAUACAAAGUAUUUUCUAAUUUACUGUCCAAAUGAAUUUUGUUGUUAAUUGAGAAGUCAAUAAAGUGGAUUAAACUGACAGAAAAUAUAUGUAUAUAUGUGUGUAUAUAUAUAUGUGUGUGUGUGUGUGUGUGAGUGUGUGUGUGUGUGUGUGUAUAUAUAUAUAUACAUAUAUAUAUCUCCCAAAGUGUAAUUUACUCUUUUGUCAGGAUAAAAUCAGAAAAAUGGCUGAUUUUAGUAAAUGAAAUUUUUAGCAAAUCUUUAAUUCAUGUAGUUUAUAGUUAUCGUGUCAAGUAAUGCUAUUUACAUUUUAAGCAUCAUACAUUUUAAGCGUAAGAGAAUUUGGCUUGUUAAAGAUCAAAACAGAAUCCAAACUCUUAACAGAAUAUCUUUUUUACAGCUAAAAAAGAUAUUCCAAGAUUUAUUAAAAAGUAAGAUUUAAAAGUUACUAAUGCAAAUUAUGUAAUGUUCAUUUAUUCAGUAUUCUGAGUUCCUAUUAUCUCAACUAUUGUCCUAGAGGCUAUUUUACAAAAAAGUUUGAACUUAGUUUCAAAUUUGACAAUAUAUUUUAUAUGAAAGUGUUUAUGCUUAAAAUAAUGAUUUUUAUUUAUUAUACAGCAUUUUUAUUGUGACAGCAUUAGUAUAUGGUAUAUUCUGUCAUACCCUGUAAACAUAGUUUAAUAUUCUUCUUUUUUCCCAUUUUCUCAUACAAAUUGAAUAAGCAGCCAUUUUCCCCUAAUAAAUAGCUCUUCUUUAAGGUGAAUUCGUGUUUUUAGAAUCCAUGUAAUUUGAAUUUCACUGUUAGAUGGACAAGUAACUUAUGUUCCUAUUGUUAGAAGCCACACGUUUAGAGAUAACAGAAAUAACUUGAGUCUUAAGAGUCUGGAUAGGCUCAUCCAUUGAGAUGUAACUUAACUAUUCAUACUGUUUGUGAUGAAAACUCUAUACCUGUUUACUUUGAUGAUUAAUAGAGUGGAUGUAUCGGGGUUGAAAUGGAACACACAGAAGAUCAUGAGAAUUUAGAUUCAGCAACUACUUUCCCAUGUCUUGGUUAAGCUUUCAUUGUGAACCUUAAAAACAAAUCAAAUGUUGGUGUGAUUUCAAACUCUCUUUCAAAAAUUAGGUCUGUUUCUAUCUGCAGCCUCUGUAUUUCCCAGCUGAAUGUUUCAAACCCCCAAAUUAGGCUGCAACUGAAAGAGCCUAAUUGUGAAAUGAUUUGUGCUUAGGUUUCUGUUAAUCCUUUAGCCAUGGAACCUUGAAUAGUAGUGUUCCUCCUACUUAUUUUAAGAGUGGAAGAACAGCUGGGUAGUAAAGAAAUCCUGUGUGAACUUUUAGCUCAGCCACUCUGCUGAAUUAAUUAGAGAGAGGUAGGAAGGUUUUACAAGGGCUGGAAGUUUAAAGAGAAUAAAUUCAUAUUUUUGUUCUGAAUUGGUUUCUGUGCCAUUUAUAUCAAUAUGUAGUUGCUUAUCUAUGAAAUGGAGUUAAUUUUGAUUGAUCACAUAUUUGAUGUAAAGAAUUAAUUAUUUUUGUAAGGUAUUUGUAAAUUUAAAAUUGCUUUAUAACUUGAAUGAACAUAAUCAUUAUGCUCCCAUUAGGGUGCAUUAAGUUGUACAAAUUCCAAAAUAACAUACUAUAGUUUGUAUGGUUUGCAAUUUUAUGAAGUUUCAGAUGACAUGCACAGAAUACACAACAGUAGAAUUUCCUGAGAAGCUAUUCAAGUGAAUAUUAACCCAUCAAGUUAGCAAUUUCCUUAAAUGUGUAUCAGGAAGACAUAGGACUUCCCUACCUUAGAGCUGUAUAGACUUGUGUCUCUCCAAGAUCUGACUUCUCUGCCAUUUCAUACAGGUUGGAUAUUGAUGGAGGUUUAAAAAUGCUAUGACAGUUCAUAGUGCAUGAUGUGUUUGUUUAUCAUAGCAUAUUUGGGCAGAGUGGCCAGCUCAUUCAAUAUGAGAGCCACCAGCUCUUAGGAACAGAUCUGUUCACACCCAGUCUAUAAUAGGUAUUUCUUCAGGCAUGUCACAUUGAGGUCUUCCUGAGUGACCACUUAGUCGAUAAAGGUAUUAUGUUUCUUUAAUGACCACUAGAAGUUAGGAAGCUCCUAGGGACCAGGAUAUGAGACCUUAGAGAGGCUGUGACAGUCUUUUCAUUUGCAUGACAUAGAAUCUGUAGUGGAGAUGUUUUCCCUGAUGUUUUUGGAGGGCUGGACUGUGCUGAAGGUUGUACCUUGGCGGGGUGAUCUGCAGUCAUGCGGUCCACUGAUAGGAUCCCCCUCCCCACAACUUCAGUAAUUGGGCUUUCUGUUAAUUUCUCAAAUUAUCUUUUCAAAAAUGGUUUGGCACUACUUGAUGAUAUUAUGUUCAAAAUCAAGUCCAGUAGAAUAUAUAAGCAUUUGUAAACUAGACUUAGUUUAGGAAAUCUAUGCUUUGACAUAUAUAACCAAACAGCUUGAGUUUUCAAAGCCAUUUUCUUCUUAGGUGUUACUCUUUAGCAUUUACAUAAUGCCUUUUCCCCAAGCAGUUUAACGUGGUUUGCAGAAACAGUUUUGGCAGCUACUGAUCACUAUAUUGCUGGAGUUGUGUUUGAGUAUGUCAUUUAUCAGUAGUAUCUGCCAGUUGUGACAAAGCCCUUAUUAACCUGCCUUUCCUGGAAAGGAUACAAACCCAAGGAAGGACUUUUGGUUAACAUCUACAUAGUACUUAGAAUUGCUAAUUUUGAAAUAAGAAACAGAAAGCAUAUUUAAAAUACUACUUUAUGUUUUUGGAGGCAGGACCUGUAUGUAUCUCCUUAUCUUUAUACUUCCCCAUAGAAACAGGCCUAGUUGUAGGCACACAGUGGGUGCUUUGUUAACUGAUGAUGGCUUCCUGACAACCAUCCAAGUGUUGGUUUUACAGGUGCUGUCACCCAUCACAACAGAUGUGGCAGAAGCAUUUCAUGACCACAUUAGAAAGAAUGCAGCUUACGAGUUAUAUCUUUUUUGAUAGACCCAGAGAGCCCACCUGCUCUUUUUUGUCCUCACCUUCACCCCAAGCAAUGUGAAGACAGGUUAUGACAACUUAGGAGCUCCGUGUUUCUGUAAUAAUUCAUAACUUUAAGAGUCCUCCAGACUUAAAAGAUUACUUCAUGGUGAAAGUUUGGAUUGAUCAAUAAUUUAUUCCUAUAAAUGUCUGCAGCAUUUUUUUUCCGUAACCAGAAAAGUAACUGCAUGGCCAGUCUUUUUUUUUUCGGUAAUUCUUAUUUGCUGUUUUUUUGUUUGUUUGAGACAGUUUUCACUCUCAUUGCCCAGGUUGGUUGGAGUGCAAUGGUGCAAUCUCAGAUCACUACCUCCUGGGUUCAAGUGAUUCUCCUGCCUCAGCCUCCCAAGUAGUUGGGCUUACAGGCACAUACCACCACACCAAGCUAAAUUUUUUUUAUUUACUAGAGGCAGGGUCUCACCAUAUUGGUCAAGCUGGUCUCGAACUCCUGACCUCAGGUGAUGCACCCACCUUGACCUCCCAAAAUGUUCGGAUUACAGGCAUGAGCCAAUGUGCCCAGCCUGUUUUUGUUUGUUUGUUUGUUUAUUUGUUUUGUUUUGUUUUUUUGAGACAGUCUCACUCUGUAGCCCAGGCUAAAGUGCAGUGGCUCAAUCUCAGCUCACUGCAGUGUCCACCUCCCAGGUUCAAGCACUUCUCCCAUCAUACCCUCUCGAGUAGCUGGAACUACAGGCAUGUGCCACCAUACCCAGCUAUUUUUUGUAUUUUUUGGUAGAGACGGGGUUUCGCCGUAUUGACCAGGUUGAUCUUGAACUCCUGGCCUCAAGUGAUCCACCAGUCUUCGCCUCUUAAAGUGCAGGGAUUACAGGCAUGAGCCACUGCACCUGGCUCAGUAUUUUUUAAAUUAUUUUUUUUUCUUUAUAUAUUUAUUUUUUUUUUGAGAUGGAGUCUUGCUCUGUCGCCCAGGCUGGAAUGCAGUGGCAUGAUCUUGGCUCACUGCAACCUCUGCCUUUCGGGUUCAAGUGAUUCAUCUGCCUCAGCCUCCUGAGUAACUGGGAUUAUAGGCGUGCACCACCACACCUGGCUAAUUUUUUAUAUUUUUGAUGGAGACAGGGUUUUACCAUGUUGGUCAGGCCACUCCUGACCUCAAGUGAUCCACCUGCCCUGGCUUCCCAAAAUGUUGGGAUUAUAGGCAUCAGCCACUGCUCUUGGCCAGUCUUUUAUUUUAAAAUAAAUAAUUAGGCCUAACCAGUGAAUUAUUAAUAGCAUUUAAAAUUCCUUUUAUCCAGAUACUAUACCAUGAACAAUAAUUUUCCCUUUCAAGUUAUGAUUUGACUCUAAUUUUGGAUCUUGUAUCUGAUCUUUACAUGCCUUUCAUUAUAGAACAACCAUUCUACUGUUAGCAAAAUUAUUGUAGGCUUAAAGAAGAGCUGUGAGUUUAAAGAAGACUGUGAGUUCUUGGAAUAGUAUUUUAUAGCAUGGUUUAUUCUUGAGUCUCUUGUUUUUUAAGCUUAGGGUUUAUAAGAAAAAAAUGAAUAUAUAGCUGAUUAUAGCAUUUUAGAAAAAAACAGCUCUGCAGAUAGGCCCAUACUUCUUGGCUCAUUACUGAUUUUAAUACCUUCAUAAGAGUAUUAGGAUUGAAAGGAGUGGUAAAAUUUGCAUUAUCAGAGGUCUGAUAUGUAAUUUACUGUAAAGAAAUUAAAUAUAUAGAGGUCCAAUUUUUAAAAAAUUAACCAUAUUGUUCUCAAACCUCCAUUACCACCAACAUCUUGGGGGUUAUUUAUACUUUUUUUUUUUUUUUUUGAGAUGAAGUCUCACUCUGUUGCCCAGGCUGGAGUGCAGUGGUGCCAUCUCGGCUCACUGCAACCUCUGCCUCCCAGAUUCAAGUGAUUCUCCUGCCUCAGCCUCCUGAGUAGCUGGGAUUACAGGCACCUACCACCAUACCCAGCUAGUUUUUUGUAUUUUUAGUAGAGACGGGGUUUCACUGUGUUGUCCAGGCUGGUCUCCAAACCCCUGACCUCAAAUGAUUCGCCUGCCUCAGCCUCUUAGAGUGCUGAGAUUACAAGCGUGAGCCACCACACUUGGCCUAGACUAUACAUUUUAUACAUUUUUUAAAUAAAGAAAGUAAAAAAUGAUAAACCAUUAUAAAAUAGAAGUUUCAGUCCAACUGUAUUUUACAGAAAGUUGCCCUCAAAUUUUUGAGAGGGAAGUCACAUAGGAUAGAAGAAUAUCUUUUCAACAGGUAGAAUGUUAUUUCCUUACAAAAGUGACAAUCAAAAGAGUCAUUUGUAUACGUACUUGCCAAAGUUUAAAGAUUUUUUUACAUUCCUUACCCUAAACCCACUGCCCCAUCCAUCCAGGAUUCAGAAAGGGCUCAGCAUAGAUCCAGGGCUCCGGGGCUCAUGUCAUUUUGUUAUUAGUCUAGGGCUUUUGUGCAUGCACAGUCUAGGUUGGGCAUCUUUGUAUGUGUGUUGCUGUUUGGGGCCAGGGAUGGGGGUGGGUGGGAGCUGUCCAGGUUUAAGAUUGUUCAUUUUCUAUUAGAUACACAAGCACUAUCUGUGGGCUGAAAUCCAGGUGAUACCUAUUCAGUAUGACUUUUUUUUUUUUUUAAACUUUCUACUGCAAUUAUUUCAGUUCCCCCAAGUUAUGUCUCACAUGUUGGGGAAAUGCUGCCAUGACUAUUUUACUUUAGAAGGUUUUACUAGAUACCAGUUUAAUAGAUUAAUGACAUUGUUUUAAUCUACUGUCGGCUCAAAAGACACCAGCAAGGGGGUAUACUUUGCUGAAUGGAUAAAUUAUUCUAUUAAGGACUAACAAAGUACUUGGUAAAAUUAGGAAUAACUUUUCCCCUCCUUCUUUACCAAUAAAUUUUCCAAGUUGCAUUCCAUUGUUGCAAGUUUCUGUAAUUUUUUCUGCAAUACCUUUCUAUUAUCUGAAUUUCAAUAAAAAUGUUUCUAAUAA